UAUCGAAUAUCAUUCGGCAAAUAAUUAUCAACAAUGGCGCUCGCCGAAGUUUGUGGUCUGAAUUCAUACCUGGAUUUUAAUUUACCCAGGAACAAUGAUAAUUUCCGAGGUGAAAUCGAGUCCUACAGCAAGAAUUUCAGCAACAACUUGGAUCUGGCUAUGCCACCGUUUGCCAAUCCGGCAGAAAAUUUUUCACGUUUUACCACCGAUGAAAAUGGUAGAAAAUUAAAAAUCAAUUUCGACCAUGGUACCACUACCCUUGGGUUCCAAUACCAAGGUGGAGUUGUUCUGGCUGUUGAUUCCCGUGCAACUGGUGGACAAUUCAUUGGUUCUCAGAGCAUGAAAAAAAUCGUUGAGAUCAAUGACUACCUUUUGGGAACUCUGGCUGGUGGUGCGGCUGAUUGUGUCUACUGGGAUCGUGUAUUGGCGAAACAAUGUCGCAUGUACGAGCUCCGAAAUAGAGAACGAAUUUCAGUUGCAGCGGCUAGCAAGCUCAUGUCCAACAUGGUUUACAAUUACAAAGGCAUGGGACUUUCCAUGGGUAUGAUGAUUGCUGGCUGGGACAAAAGGGGACCAGGCUUGUACUACGUUGACUCAGAGGGUACCAGAACAGCUGGAAAAGUAUUCAGUGUCGGUUCUGGAUCUGUUUACGCCUUUGGUGUACUAGAUUCUGGCUACCAUUGGAACUUAACUGAUGAAGAAGCAUAUGAUUUGGGCAGGAGGUCCAUUUAUCACGCCACCCACAGGGACGCUUACUCCGGUGGGAUAGUGAGAGUUUAUCACAUGAAGUCCACUGGUUGGGUCCACAUCUCUAACGAGGACUGCAAGGAUCUUCAUUACAAGUACCAGGAAGAAAAAGCAAAACUGACAACCGCUCCGAAAUAAUAAAACUUACAUUAUGUACACCGAAAACAUAUUGUAAUACAUUCAGUUAAUUAUUCUUUUCCAAUUAAUAAAAAUCAUUCGUAUUCGAGUA